CUGUCAGUGCACAAAGUUCCACAGCUCAAACGUCAUUUUCUCUUUGUCUUCAUCACUGAAAUAUUGACUUAAGAAGAGUUUAGAACAGAACAACUUGAUCACAGAGGAGAAAUUUUAUUGAAGUGACAGCAGGCAAGAUGAAGCCAUCAAAUGUUCAUCCCAAACCAUCCUCUCCUAAAGACGUCCCAGAUCAUCUUGUGGACCCACACACCAUGAAGAAAUACACCAGGGGCAGAUCACUUGGACGAGGCAGCUUUGGAAAAGUCUAUGAGAUCACAGAUGUGGACUCAAAGCAGGUUUUUGCGUGCAAGAUGAUUUCCAAGUCUCACAUCCAGAAGAGGUACCAGAAGGAGAACCUGAAGACAGAAAUUUCUAUCUUGCAGAGCCUCAGCCAUCAUCACAUCAUCAGCUGCCACAGUGUCUUUGAAGAUGAGGACUUUGUCUUUGUGGUCUUGGAGCUCUGCAGCAGUGGGUCCUUGUCAGAGGUCCUCAGGUUUCGUCAGACUGUGAUGGAGCCUGAAGCUCAUUAUUUGAUGAUGCAGCUGUUAAAAGGUGUCGAGUUCCUGCACAAGAACAAAGUCGGCCACAGAGACCUCAAACCAGACAACAUAUUUUUCAAUGAUCGCAUGGAGGUCAAGAUAGGAGACUUUGGAUUGUCCACCACCAUCAAGUUUGAAGGUGAGCUGAAAAAGGCCAGGUGUGGAACUCUGAACUAUGUGGCCCCUGAAGUGCUCAGCGGGAACGGCUACAGCUACCAAGUUGACGUCUGGUCACUUGGCUGUGUGUUGUACACGAUGCUGGUGGGUCAGAUGCCUUUCCACACGUCAUCUUGGACGGAGACCGUGAACCACAUCAUGGACAACGAGUACACCAUCCCUGACCACAUCAGCCCAGCGGCGUCCUCCCUCAUCAGACAGAUGCUGUGUGCUGACCCUGCCAAGAGGCCCACAGUCACUGAACUACAGACACACAAGUUCUUCACAGGUGGAUAAAUGUCUGCCCU